GUUGACGAUAAAUUUAAUUAAUCGUAUUGAAGUAUCAAAGGCCUUUGGGAGUGUUUUUAAGUAGCAGGCAAAUAUAAUAUUAAAAUUCUGUGGAAGAAACUAAUCUUUGUUUUUCUUUUUAAUUUAAAUACAUACACAUUAAACCAAAUAACAUAAUCAAAAUGUCUUCACGUAAAACUGCCGGUCGCCGCGCUACUACCAAAAAACGUGCUCAGCGCGCCACAUCAAAUGUUUUCGCUAUGUUUGAUCAAGCCCAGAUUGCAGAAUUCAAAGAAGCAUUCAAUAUGAUUGAUCAAAAUCGUGAUGGUUUUGUCGAAAAGGAAGAUUUACACGAUAUGCUUGCAUCGUUGGGUAAAAAUCCAACCGAUGACUAUUUAGAAGCCAUGAUGAAUGAAGCUCCUGGGCCAAUUAACUUCACAAUGUUUUUAACAUUAUUCGGUGAACGCCUACAAGGCACCGAUCCCGAAGAUGUGAUUAAAAAUGCAUUUGGUUGUUUCGAUGAGGACAAUAAUGGUGUAAUUCCAGAGGAUCGUUUACGUGAACUUCUUACCACAAUGGGAGAUCGUUUCACAGAUGAAGAUGUCGACGAAAUGUAUCGUGAAGCUCCUAUCAAGGGUGGACUCUUUGAUUAUAUCGAAUUUACGAGAAUUCUCAAGCAUGGUGCUAAAGAUAAAGACGAACAAUAAAUGCCACUAUUCGGAAAGACAUUCCCCCUCCAUUUUAUAACCGAAUACUUUUUGUUCAUUUAACUGUAAAAAUUAUCAUUAAUACAAGAAAAAAGUUAACAUUUCUCUACUUGUGAGUGUACAUUUUUCUCUUCACUUUUAAAGGCAUCUUGGUGUUAUAUCUUCUAGAAAUCCUUUAAAAUUAUGUGAAAAUUUAUUGAUAAAAAAAACAAAAGCCACCCUACCCUAUUGUAUUUAUAUAAAUUAUUUUAUAUUUGAAAUAUUUCCUGUUCUGCAAUUUUGUAAUCCCUAUGUACUAUAUCUUGCAAGUACAUUUGAGUACUUAAUGUUACUAUUAUAUACUUUAUCAUUAUAAAACUCUGUAUGCCAUUUCAAAAACAAUUUAAGAAUAUCACAUUUAUAAGUAUUAACGUGAAAAUCAUUUAUAUCUAAAUAUUGAAUAAAAUUUUAUACAUAAUCCAUAAA